AUGUGCAAUUGUGCAGAACCGCACUUUCCGAGACCUAUUCAGCUUUACGAGUUGUUGGCCGAGCAUGACCAUAAAAUGACAUCCUCAGAUAUGUAUUUGUGUGUUGAUGAAGGCCUGAUUAGGAGAAGGGCCGGGGAUUUCGUGUGGCCACAUUCAUUUGCGAUGAGAGGGGAUCGCGUGAGGUGAGCGGCAUGGAACGGCCUAAUGAAGAGACGAGGCCGCUUGGAUAUUAAUUAAAACUUUUGUUUCCUUUCAAUCAGGAGCUGGAGUCAGAAGCCGAAGGGCAGCAAAGAAUGGCAUAAAGGUCUAGCCGAAAACAAGCCGGGAUUGGCCGCCCCACGCCCUCGGGAGACUCCCCCAAAAUUGGAAUCUGGCAGAAGAAAGAAUCUGCCCGAGAAUUAG